CAUUCUCCAUCCCCCUGUCCAAAUCUUUCUCAUACAUGUAGUGCGUCUUACCCCCUACUAUCCUUAUCUCCUUGUCUAGAGAGGAGAUAUAACGUCUGGAUAUCCUCUUUCUAGAGUUCUUUUUUCACCUUCAGAGCUAGUUCACUGCGUAACCAUCAGAUCCAGCUCACAUAAUGUCAGACACAGAGGACAUCAUCGAGGAAUACGAAGAAGAAGAAGAGGAAGAAGUGCAAGAAACAGAAGCAGGAGAGGAGGAGACAGAAGAAAAUGUUGCUGAUAAUGAAGAAGCAGAUAAUGAAGCACACGAGGAAGAGGAAGAGGAAUCAAAACCUAAACCAAAGCUCUUCAUGCCCAAUUUGAUACCACUGAAAAUACCUGAUGGAGAAAAAGUGGAUUUUGAUGACAUACAUAGAAAGCGUAUGGAGAAGGAUCUUACAGAACUGCAAACUCUUAUCGAAGCUCAUUUUGAGAAUCGUAAAAAAGAAGAGGAGGAGCUACUGGAGUUGACUGAACGCAUGGAAAAGAGAAGGUCUGAACGAGCUGAACAGCUGAGAAUACGAAACGAAAGAGAAAAAGAGAGGCAGACCAGAGUGGCAGAGGAACGUGCGCGCAAAGAGGAGGAGGAAAACCGAAAGAGAGCAGAGGAAGAUAAAAAGAAAAAGAAAGCUUUAUCCAACAUGAUGCACUUUGGAGGAUAUCUGCAAAAAACAGAGAGAAGAGGAGGAAAGAAACAAACCGAACGAGAAAAGAAAAAAAUGAUACUGACAGAGAGGAGGCAAUCUCUGAAUAUUGACAAUCUAAGUGAAGACAAAGUGAGGGCAGAAGCUCAGCGAUUGUUUAACAGGAUCUAUCAACUAGAGGCUGAAAAAUUUGAUCUGCAGGAGAAGUUCAAGAAGCAGAAAUAUGAGAUCAAUGUCUUGCGGAAUCGUGUUACUGAUCACCAGAAGCUUAAGAGCUCCAAGGGUCCUCGAGCUGGGAAGGGUAUACUGGGAGGAAGAUGGAAAUGAAGAACACCUGGCAAAUCAGGAGAAAAGCACACCGUCUGGAAUCUACUUAUACACGCGCAUAAACAACACACAUGUAAAUGCCAUGUGGCUACAACUGACAUGCACACCCAUGCCCAUGAUUAUACACUCCUCUAUUCAUUGUGUACAUGUAUGCAUUAAAACAGGGUCAUGUGCCAUUGGCACACACUGAGCUAUCCCACUAGGCGAGGGGCGUCCAACCUGCGGCCCUCCAGCUGCUGCAGGACUGCAUCUCCCAUAAUGCUCU